GGGUUUUAUUCUUUAUUUCCCAAACAGCCAAUGAUCCGUCACCUGUAGCUCUGGGGUUUGGGAUUCAUUUGGGAUUGAUCCCACACUUCCAUCAUUUUCCUCCCGCCGCUGGCAUCGCGAUGGGUCGCGCGGAGGAAACGCGUCCCCUGCCGCUCCGCCUCGGUUCGACAGGCUCGAGGAGGACGAGCUGAUUCUGCGGAGUUAAAGGAGAAGAAGCAGGAGGAGAGGAAGACGGAGGUGGAAAUCCCGCGAGAGAAACAAAAAGAGAGAGAGCGAGGUGGCGGAGGGGAGGAAACGCGGACAGAUACGCAUUCAGAGCCGGAGCGCCGCACGUGAGGCGCGCGAGCGGAGCGGAGCGGGGAGUAAUCAUUAAUUUUGGAGGAGCUCCGCGGUGAAUGUCUGCUCUUUUUCCAGCUCACAGACGGAGAAAAAGGAGUCUCCCGAACAGAUUGUCCAGAUGAAUCCAAUGACACAGCUGUACUACAAAAAGGCGACAUAUUCGCCGUAUCGCGACCGCAUCCCUCUUCAGAUCGUCCGAGCUGAAGUGGAGCUGUCAGCCGAGGAGCGGGCCUACCUCACCGCUGUGGAGAAAGGUGACUACGCCGGGGUGAAACACGCCCUCCGCGAGGCCGAGGUUUACUACAACAUGGACGUGAACUGUCUGGACCCGCUGGGCCGCAGCGCGCUGCUCAUCGCCAUCGAGAACGAGAACCUGGAGAUCAUGGAGCUGCUGCUGGACCACGGCAUCCACACGGGCGACGCCCUGCUGUACGCCAUCAGGAAGGAGGUGGUGGGCGCCGUGGAGCUGCUGCUGUCGCACCGGAGGCCGAGCGGCGAGAAGCAGGUUCCCUCCCUGAUGAUGGACAGCCAGUUCUCAGAGUUCACCCCCGACAUAACUCCCAUCAUGCUCGCUGCUCACACCAACAACUACGAGAUCAUCAAGCUGCUUGUCCAGCGCAAGGUCACCAUCCCAAGGCCGCACCAGAUACGAUGCGACUGCGUUGAGUGUGUUUCCAGUUCAGAGGUCGACAGCCUUCGACAUUCCCGGUCUCGACUCAACAUCUACAAGGCGCUGGCGUCGCCGUCGCUCAUCGCGCUGUCCAGCGAGGAUCCCAUCCUCACUGCUUUCAGACUGGGCUGGGAACUCAAAGAGCUGAGCAAGGUGGAGAACGAGUUUCGCCAGGAGUACGAAGAGCUUUCCCAGCAGUGCAAACGAUUCGCCAAAGACCUCCUGGAUCAGGCCAGAAGUUCCCGCGAGCUGGAGACCAUCCUGAACCACAGAGACAACGACCAGAGCGAGGAGCUGGACCCCAGGCAGUGCCACGACCUGGCCAAGCUCAAGCUCGCCAUCAAGUACCACCAGAAGGAGUUUGUCGCGCAGCCAAACUGCCAGCAGCUGCUGGCCACUCUGUGGUACGACGGUUUCCCAGGCUGGAGGAGACGACACUGGGCCGUCAAACUGGUGACCUGCUUCAUCAUCGGGCUGCUGUUCCCAGUCUUCUCACUGAUCUACCUGUUGGCCCCAAAGAGCGCUCUGGGGCGCUUCAUCAAGAAACCCUUCAUCAAGUUCAUCUGCCACACCGCGUCCUACCUGACCUUCCUCUUCCUCCUGCUGCUGGCGUCGCAGCACAUCGCCCGCACCAACCUGCACAUGCAGGGACCCCCACCCACCAUCGUGGAGUGGAUGAUCCUUCCCUGGGUGCUGGGUUUCAUCUGGGCAGAGAUCAAGGAGAUGUGGGACGGGGGAUUCACAGAGUACAUCCACGACUGGUGGAACCUAAUGGACUUUGCCAUGAACUCCCUCUACCUGGCCACCAUUUCUCUGAAGAUAGUGGCUUACGUCAAGUACAACUCCUCUCGUCCCAGGGAGGAGUGGGAGAUGUGGCACCCGACGCUGAUCGCCGAGGCUCUGUUCGCCAUCGCCAACAUCUUCAGCUCGCUCAGACUCAUCUCCCUCUUCACGGCCAACUCCCACCUCGGCCCUCUGCAGAUCUCUCUGGGGAGGAUGCUGCUGGACAUCCUCAAGUUUCUCUUCAUUUACUGUCUGGUUCUGUUAGCGUUUGCUAACGGACUCAACCAGCUGUACUUCUACUACGAGACCAAGGCUUCAGAAGAACCCAACAACUGCAAGGGGAUCCGCUGCGAGAGGCAGAACAACGCCUUCUCCACGUUAUUUGAGACUCUCCAGUCGCUCUUCUGGUCCAUAUUUGGGCUGCUCAACCUUUACGUCACCAACGUGAAAGCUCGGCACGAGUUCACCGAGUUCGUCGGGGCGACGAUGUUCGGGACGUACAACGUCAUCUCUCUGGUGGUUCUGCUGAACAUGCUCAUCGCCAUGAUGAACAACUCCUACCAACUCAUCGCUGACCACGCCGACAUCGAGUGGAAGUUUGCCCGCACCAAGCUGUGGAUGAGCUACUUCGACGAGGGCGGCACGCUGCCCCCUCCCUUCAACAUCAUCCCCAGCCCAAAGUCCUUCUGGUACCUCCUGAUGUGGCUCCACAACAAGCUGUGCAGGAGAGGCCAGCCGCCCGGAGAGGCCUCGCACAAAUGCGGAAACCUUCGAGAGUUCACCGAGCGCCAUGCUGACAGCCUGAUACAGAACCAGCAUUACCAGGAAGUGAUCCGAAGUCUGGUGAAGAGAUACGUGGCCGCCAUGAUACGAAGCGCCAAAACUGAUGAAGGGCUGACAGAGGAAAACUUCAAGGAGUUGAAGCAGGAUAUCUCCAGUUUCCGCUACGAAGUCCUGGAUCUCCUCGGCAACCGGCGUCCUCCCCGGCGACACUACUCUUCAUCCAGCGAGACGACAAAAGACGACGGUGCCAUGGCGUCAGAGGAUGACAGCGAAUCAGGUGACGGCCCUGGAGGAGGAGAGGGCGGAGGAGGAGGCGUCGGAGUCCAGAAGUCGAAGAGCGUCACCUUCUCCGACACGGUGGAGGACGACAGAAGGCCAGCGCCGACGCUCGGCGUGUCUGCGCUGGUGCGCUCCAUUUCAGGAAUGACGCGGAUAGACAAAGCAGAGGAGGGGAGGCUGGAGGACAGAGUGGGGUGGGGAGAAGACGAGGAGGAUGAGGAGGGGAAGCCAAAAAGCAACGGGCUAAAGACGGCCGUCAUGCCUCCGUCCUCCACCAAUGUCCUCCCCUCGCCAUCGUCGUCAUUUUCCUCUUCGCUAUCGUCAUCGCUUGCUCGCACAAGGAGCCGCCUGCACCGCCUCUCAUCCCCAAGCGCAAAGUCAGACUCUUUCAAACGCCUCUCCUACCUGUUCUCCCGCUCCAAACGCAAAGCCCCACCCAUGCCGCUGCCUCUCCAGUCCCCGCCCUCGUACACCAUCUCCGACGGGCUGCUCCGCCCCCUCGGGAGCCACAGUCACUCCGACUUCGGACUCAGCGACGUCACCAGAAGCGACACUCACCUGAACGAAGUGGGUCGCUCGGUGGACGCGCCGUCAUUCUCGCCGCUGAGAACGAACGGGCGGGACUCGCUCCUGACGCUUCCCCUCCCGCCGCCGUGCCCCUGCCAAUCCCUGCACUGUGCUUCCAACAUGUCUGAGUCCAGCUCGCGACUGCUGGACUCCAGCGAGGACGUUUUCCAGGGAGGGGUGGGACCAUGUGACGAUGUCUUAGAGGACAGCUGCGAUGUCAUAGAGGACUCUGUUACCACGCAGCUAUAGGAAAAAGCAGAAACUGUUUUCUUUGCCUGUUUGCUCAAUACAAACAAAGAUGGCGUGAUGCAGAGAGAGAGGGGCAUGGACACAAUGGAGCUUUUGGAUCUCUGCAUGUUCAACUCUGUAUUUAUUUGGGCUUUGACUUUCCCAGCUGUGACAGGAGGAAGGAUCCAAUAUGGCGGAUGUUUAUGGAGACAGUUUGACUCCUUUUGGGGAUUUUUCAGGUGACAAAAUAUAUAUUUAUUGCUGGUUUAACUUUUUAAGGGCUCUGCUCAACUAGAUAUAUGUAAAAACCUGCUGCAUACAGCAAGUUUUUACAAGGCUCUGUGACCAAAGCAACUAACUAGCUAUAAGUUGCCUAACCACCUAGCUAACUAAAGUUUUCAAAUAAUGUUAAUAACUUAGAUUAUAAACUUUCCAACAAGGGCUUUUGGAUGGUUGUGAUGUAGUAUUGGUUUAUUAUUUGCUGAGCUAAUGUUAUCAGCUUGGCCACUAAUUAGUUUAGUUAGCAAUAGUAGCUAGGCUACAACUGUAGCUUACCAAAGUUAAAAUUAGCCAGGGUGAUUGUAGCUUAGAUUCAGUUAGUUUACCUAAUUAACUACAGUUGUGUAAGCUAAUUGUAGCUUAAGGAAGCUACAGGUAAGUAAGCUAUAACUGUAGCUAAACUAAUUACAUAACUAGCUUAUUAUCUAUGAUUAAGCCCAACCUUACUUUCACUCUGGCAAAAUAAGGCUUAAAGUAAUAUUUUACUGUGUAGAAAUUUGUUUUACAUUUUGUUCAACCAAAGUUUGAACAAACUUCAAGCUAGAAGCUAGCAUCUAGCUAGUUGCUAGAAGCUAGCAUCUAACUAGCAAACAUUUAAUGAAUGGAUUUGAUUGUCAAAUCAUCUGAAGUUUAUUUGUUUAGCACAUUUCAGCAACAAGAUUUUUUGUGACUUUAAUCCUGGAAAUGUUCUGCAUGUAAUAGAAGGCUGGCUUUAUAACUGUAUUUAUGUGUUUCUGAAGGUUCAGAUCUAAACCCCUCACUACAACGAGAUUUCAGAACUGAUCAGUUUUUUGUUUCUGUAAUAACGACUCUUGGUCGUUCCUCUACAGAUUCAAGUAGUUUUGUUUCUGCUCAUCUUGAGAAAGUUAUGGGACAUCCAUGUGUUAGCUUGUUUUAUGCAAAACGAGCUACCAAACUAGCUAGCUGAUUAACCAAUGUGCUAACUUUAGCUUGCUAGUAGCUAAGAAAUAGCUUGUUAGUGACUUGAUAUCAAAUUGGCAUGACUGGACCUAUGUCAUACGGCUAACAAGCUAAUUUUUAGUUAUCUGACAAACCAAAAAUGGGUUUGCCACUAACGUGAACUAGCAGGUUAGGGAGCUAGCAGCUCCCUAACCUGCUAAUUUAGGUAGACUAACUGGUUUUAAAGAUAUUAAACAAGCUACUUAUAAACAAGUAGCUUGUUUAUUAACAUUAACAAGCUACUUUUCUAAUAAGUAACUACUUAAAAUUAAGAGUUUAUCAGCUACCAUUUACUUAACUACCAAGUUGAUAAAAUUGCUAGCUUGGUAUAGCAAGUCGCUAACAAGCAAAUUAGCUUGAAAUCAACUUUGCACUGGUUUGCAAACAACUGAAGCAAUAUUAUCCAGUCCGCCACUAGCUAGCUAUUGUUUUACUAGCUGGCUAGCCACCGUAAAUAGAAAGCAUCAGGUCUCAUUUAAAGAGGCUUCAAAUAUUCCUGGGGAUUUAUUGAAACCCCCAGAGAAGUUAACCCUUUCAACCUAAAUGUGACAUUAAUGUAUUUAGUGUUUGCUUUAAAGGAUGAACAGUCUUGAAAACAUGAAUUUAAACAUCUAAAUUUAAUUUGUCACUAGAAUUUGUUAUUAUUCCUGCCCAGCCUGAUUCAAAGCAAACUGUCCUCAUAAAUAUUUUCCAGGAAGACCAAAGGACGUCGUUUCAACAGAAACUCUGAAAUGUCUCUCAUUCCUCUGAGCGAUGGAAUUAGAAAGAGCCGAGGCGAGGAGAGGAAACAUCUUUAAAAUCUUCUCAACUUACGAGGAAUCUGCCCUGAGAGCCAAACGUUGAAUCUGCAGUGGAAUAAAUCGGAUUUGAAUGUUUUUGGAUGUUGGAUGGAACAACCCCUUUACCUCCAAGUGGAAUACUGAAAAUAAAGGUGCCAUAUUUUCAGUGGAAUACCUCCGUUUUACCUGUGGACCGAUGGAUUUGAGUCCAGCUGGAUCUCUGGGAUGGAGCGGCAUGGAACCAGCGCUCUGCUGUCUGCAACCUCUCUCUCUGCAUCAACAAGGGCCAAGGAAUUUAUUUCAUCCUAAUACAAGUUAUACUAGUAAUAAUUAAGGAUAUCAUAAUAAUAAUGAAACUGCUAAUAAUAAUUAAUAAUAAUAAUAUCAAUGAGGACUUUUCUGGUUUCUUAAGACUGUGUUUGCUUCUGUUUGAGUUGCCGACAGUCCCUGGCUUCUCGCUCAGCUCUUCCUUAAUAAUUACACUUUAUCCUGGAGAACGGAAAUAAACGGUGAGAGAAGAGGAACGAAGACGAAAGAUGUGUAAAAAGCAACACAAGUUCAACCUGAGUAAAAAGAAUGAAUGAGAGGAAACAGGAAGUGAAUGAGUGGCGGAUGGACAUGAACAGGAAAUUCAGUUUUAAAGGGAAAUUUCACCAGAAUUUCAUCAUAUUUUUUCUUAUCUCGGAGUCGCCAAGGCUGCGACUUCAAAAGGUUGGCAUGAGCUGAGGCUGUUAACUUUUACUCUGGAUAAUAUACUACUGUCGGCAAUGAAGUAGAGAAAUUAUGCAUGUUUGAUCAGAAAAACACAGUUACCUACAACACACACACACACACAGCAGGUGUGAUGAAUAGCUUCGAGUCAAACGUUCUGCCCUUUGUUUCGUUUCUCAGGAGACGUUCCUCCACAACAGGGUGACAUCGUCCCUCGUUUUUCACUUCACUUUGCCGCCGUUAUUUUCCCCGUCUUUGUCCUCCCGUUUACUCCUCUCCCUCCGGCGGACGCUGUGACCUCGCCGCCGGCGAUCUUGGCGUCAAAACGCCUCUACGUGUCAAUGAAACAAUGUCCCAAAAUGUCAGGUCUGCAAACAUGGCGACCCCGUCAUCCGCUCAGCGUCCUGCGGCGUCACGGCCAGAAGAGUCGCAAACCGUCCCACUGCCUCCUGGCGGCAAUACAGCAGUUUUCUGUCCUUAGUUUCUAAACGUCGACGAGAUUUUGGAGGUUUUACGUCCCACCAGCAACAGGAAAACGAUCUAGCAGCAAUUUUUACUCUAACUAAAUGUUCAUGUAACUUUUUGUAUAUUUCUUUCAGGGCUACUUAAAGAAAUAUAUGGAAUUAAAAGUAAAAAUAACUGAGAUUAAGCUCAGAAUUUUGAUUUUAAAAAGUCAGAAAAAUGUUAAAAGUCAGAAUUAUGAGGUAAAAGUCAAAAUCUUAGAAAAAAGUUUAAAAAAUCUAAUAUUAAAAGUCUGAAUUAUGUGAUUAAAGUGAGAGUUCUGAGAUUAAGGUCAGAUUUUAUAAUAAAUUUUAAUUUGCUAGAAUGUUGUAGCAUGUUUGUCAAAAAAAUUGCUAUAAAAAACAACAAAAUUUUGAGUUUUUCUCAGAAAUUUUCUAGAAAAUAUUUGGAAAUUUCUGAUUUUGAAAAGUCGAAAAGCUUCUUGGAAAAAAAAAAGUCAUACGGUUUGUGUUAAACCUCAGAUUUUUUCAAAGAAAAUCUUGUAUGAUGCGACAAAAUUGUUGGACUUUUGAAUUUUCUGAGUUUCAAAAGUAAAUUAGUUUUACUCAAAAAGGUUCACAUUUUUUUCUAAUCUCC